AGUACGAGCUGGUGUGUGCACAAUGGCCUUACACUUGUAAUAUACGUCAGGAAAUCCAUAUCAACGUACUUUCGAUUUCACUCUAGAAUUCAACGGAUUGUAACGAUAUACAUAUUCGAUCGAGCAAGUUACACGAGUUUGAAGAAGUACAGGUUGCGUUUAGCAAGAUGUGGAAACUUUCAGUGGAUAUGAAAGCCGCACCAAGAGAAUCAAGGAUGCAGAACAAUGCAGGCGAUAUUGGUGUCAGAAGAGCGUCGAACAAAAAGCGUUAUCAAAACCUUCAAUCAAUCAUGCAGAUUCCAGAGCAUUUCAGAGAAUUGUCUAUUCGGAUGUUUGACGCACUUGACGACAGUGGAGCUGGGAAGGAAACUGUAUUGGAGCGGAGGAGAACUUACUUGCGGAGGGAGCAAAUUGAGAAAAUACAACUUCAACUACAAGGAAAUAACUUUGAGUGUUUUCAUUUCGGGAGCCAGUCGGAAGGGACCACAACUCCCGGUCUCCAGUCUGAUAUUGAUUUUCUAGUAAGUCACCACGAUGUAAAUAUCAUGACAGUCUGGGAAGACUGGAAGGCUGGGAUUCUGAACCUUCUGAUGCUCCACGACAACACCACUCCACCUCAACAGUACUUGCUACAAGUCAUCGCUGGAAACACACCGGAACCAGCGACCAGUCUGACCCAUGACAUGUACGUAAGGAAAGAUUCUGGGCAAAUACUGUUCAGCGCUGAAAGAUGGAAAAAUAACAUCGCGUAUGAGGUUAGAGAUCUAGGGGAGGCAACUAAAAAUGGGCCUUCUGUGAGUUGGAUGCCUAACUGGGAUAUUGUAAAUGCAUUUCAUGUACGCAAACCUCUUCCUGAAAUACAGCACUGGAUAGACAGAUGUAGAGGUAAACACUGGCCACCUGUUCAGCUUCUCGAGGCUGCACGGAUAGCUCCGUGUUUCCUGGUACCAGCAGGACAUCCAGACAGUGAUUACAAGCGCGAAGAAUGGCGACUGUCUCCAAACCUCAUAGAACGAAUGUUGACAUUUAGCUUCAAUAUGACUCAAAUAAAAUGUUACAUUGUUUUAAAACUUAUCAAAAAAUCAUUAUUUGCUUACAUUGUGGGGGAUGCUAUUACAAGCUUUCAUUGUAAAACUAUAAUGUUUUUCACCAUGGAAAGAACACAUCCUUCUCUGUGGUGCGAACACAACCUUAUGUUUGUACUUUUGCUCUGUUUACACUUAUUAAGGCGAUGGCUGCGAUUGGGAAGGCUUCCGCAUUAUAUCAUAGAAGGUGUGAACUUGUUCGAUGGAAAACUCUCAAAGUUGCUGCAGAAACGCCUUUUAGUGUAUAUAGACUCGCUGAUAAGGAAUAACUUACAAGAUGUUUUUUGUAUUGGUAUAGAUAAUAUAGGACGUCGGUUACAAGCAUGUAGUAUGCGGCAUACUGUACAGGCUGGAGAACUAAGAGGUGUAUUAUUACAUAACAGCAUCAGACUACUGCUGAAGUUUGAUGGUCAUCUUCAAGCGGCAGUUCGAGUGUUGGAGGAUGUGGAGAGGAGGUAUCACAGCAAGGUCAAGGCUGUGUGUGCAUUCAGAGGUAGAAAAGGAGACCGACAUCUCCAGGUGUUUGCUGAUAUGUUAUCAGGAAACAAAGAAGAGGGAUUCAUUGAAUUACAAUUCGCAUUCUGUGUCAGAUUUGUAAGGCAAGAAUCGUAUUGCACUCCUGCCAUAUUAUUGUUUGAAAUGAAUCGCAAUAACACCGAAGAGGAAGUGGCACAGAGAACUUACCUUGAAAAACUAUGGAUGGGCGGUGCUGAGGUGGAUGCCCGUCCGUUUCUAUUCUAUAUGCAGUACAUCACGUAUGGGGGACUCUGUGAACGUGACAAACAGCUUCAUGCUAUGGGAGUCCUCGAGGCUGAUAUAGAUACAUGUGUAAGAAAUCAACUCAACCUGUAUCACCCAGAGACAGCACUGAACUUGCUGGGGCAUUGUUACGAAAUGGAAGGAGACUAUGCAGGAUCGUUACAUUACUACGAGUGGUCGUUGCGUUGUCUUCGUACAAACAACGCCGCUAACUGGCACGUCCUGCGUAUUAUGCGUCUCAUAAGUGGUUAA